CGAAAAACUACAAACAGGAGAAGAAGAUCCCAGGUCUUUCGAACCUGAGUCCAGAGGGAGUCUCGUUGCGACAGUUCUCUCUCUGUGUGUUCCGGGGAAAGUGUGUGUGUGUGUGUGUGUGUGUGUGUGUGUGUGUGUGUGAGCUCCAGCACUGCUGAUCCAUCACCUGUGUGUCUGGAUAACCCUCUGAAUGGACUUUGUGCCCUUUUUUCUGAAGCGUUUACCUCGGACUAUAGGAGCUAGCUUAGCAUGCUAGCUGGAAACACCAGAGCAACACGAGUCAGAGUGAGAGUUUGAUGGAGAGGAACAGUGCGUUUAACGGAGUGUGCAGGGAAAGGUGAUUUAGUCAACAUGAGUACAGUCCAAAUGCUGCUCGCGUUGAAGAAGCAGCAACUCACUGCUUCUGCUGAAGAGAUGUUUGCUCUGUUUGAAAAAACGAUAGCAGAGUACGAGGAGGAACUGUGUCGUUCAGAAGAGAAGAACGACAGACUCCAGAAACUACUGGACUCUGUUUUACAGCCCCAGCUUCGGAUUCACAAAGCAGACGUCCAGCAGCUGGUGGUGGUUACAGAAGAGGUUCUCCCUGAACAGCAGGAGUGGAGCUCCAAUCUGGACCAGGGAGUCCCAGAGUCCCCCCCACACAUUAAACAGGAACAGGAGGAACUCUGGAGCAGUCAGAAGGGAGAGGAGCUUCAAGAGCUGGAGGAGGCUGAUAUCACCAAGUCUACAUUCACUCCUGUCCCUGUGAAGAGUGAAGAUGAUGAAGAGAAACCUCAGUCCUUACAGCUUCAUCAAAGACAGGCUGAACACAUGGAAACAGGAACUGAUGGAGAGGACUGUCGGGGACCAGAACCAGCCAGGAACUCGGAUCCAGAGAGCCGUUUACAACCAAAGACUGAGGACAACAGUCAAAACUGUUCUGAACCAGAGACUGAAGACUCUUCUGAACCAGAGACUGAAGACUCUUCUGAACCAGAGACUGAAGACUCUUCUGAACCAGAGACUGAAGACUCUUCUGAACCAGAGACUGAAGACUCUUCUGAACCAGAGACUGAAGACUCUUCUGAACCAGACAGUGAAGACUCUUCUGAUUGGAAGGAGACCAGAGAACCUGCAUCAGGCUCAAACUUACUGAAAAAUAGACCACAAUCUGUCAGUGAUUCACAACAUAGUGCUGGAAAGAAACUAUUUGAGUGCUCUGUGUGUAAGAAAUCUUUUACAGAGAGUGAAUAUUUAAAAGCACACAUGAGAAUCCACACAGGUGAGAAACCAUUCAGCUGCUCAGUUUGUGAGAAAUCUUUUAGACAAAGAGGAACUGUAAAGAGACACAUGAGAAUCCACACAGGUGAGAAACCAUUCAGCUGCUCAGUUUGUGAGAAAUCUUUUAGAUAUAGAGGAAGUUGCAAGUCACAUAUGAGAAUCCACACAGGUGAGAAACCAUAUAGUUGCUCAGUUUGUAAGAAAUGUUUUAGAUAUAAUGGAAGUUUCAAGUCACAUAUGAGAAUUCACACAGGUGAGAAACCAUAUAGUUGCUCAGUUUGUAAGAAAUCUUUUACAGAGAGUGAAUAUUUAAAAGCACACAUGAGAACACACACAGGUGAGAAACCAUAUAGCUGCUCAGUUUGUAAGAACUCUUUUAGACAAAGAGGAAGUUUAAAGAAACACAUGAGAAUCCACACAGGUGAGAAACCAUAUGGUUGCUCAGUUUGUAAGAAAUGUUUUACACAAAGAGGAUGUUUAAAGAAACACAUGGAAAUCCACACAUGAGGGAACAGUGAUGGGGACAAGACCACCUAUAUCGAGUCUGAGUCAAGACCAAGACUUUGGGAUUUUGGGGUGGUCAAGACCAAGAUCUACAAAAACAAGUCAAUUUUCAAGACCAUGGGUCUAAAUAGGAAAUUGGCAAGAAAAACGCUUUCACAAACUUUAAUUAGCUAGAAUACUCUUGUGGCCUACAUGAAUGUACAGGGUAGUUUUGGUAAUAACACAAAUUUGAGAAUCAUUAUCAUGAGACAUGUAGGCCUAGUUGCUGAGUUAUGUGAGGAAAUAUAUAACUCGUGCCCUUUUCAGCUCAGCAAAGUAUCAUGACCUAGUAACUGUAACGUGAACUGUGGUAAAAAAAUACAAUAAAAACUCCUGUUGUAAUGUUACUUAGCUUCAAUGCAAAUAAUAACUAUAGGACCCCACUACACCCUGUCCUUACUGCAAGUUCGUCAAGAUGCAUUUUGGUUGUGCACAUUGAAAACGUUAUAUCUUUGUUCCUAAUUGAAAAGUUUUCUGUGUUGCUAAGCUGUGUUGUGCCUUGCUCAGCUAACAUUACAUUCCAUCAGUGGCAUCCAUUGCAUAGCUUAGCUACAUAACUUACAAAAGAAACACAUUUCCUGUGAUAGAUAUAACUUAAACCACCAGUAAAUGCAGGUUGUACUUUAAAUUUAAGAGAAAGACAAACGCUGUGAGGGCUUUGCUCGGUAGAACACAAGUAAUAGCGUAUUUUAGCCCUUUAGUUCUAAUGUUCUUCAAUCUAGGAUUCAUUUGUCUGUCGCCUCGCCCUCUAACGUUAAUCUCUCUCCCGUUUCACUCCUCCUGGCCAACCAUUGCUUACUGUUAACGAUAGCCAGCCAACGGUCAUCUAGUUUAUCAUGACAUCGAGGGAAAAGACAAGCUAAUGCUGAAUCAAAUGUCAAAAAGCCAACUACUUGGAAACAGCUAACAACAUUAACGUCAGCUAGCUAACAGUUAACAUUAACGUAACGUUACAAGUCUAGCUCCACUAACCUCUCAGGGUGUUUCCUUUGGACGUGCUGGUGGAAGAUUUAUACAGUGCCAGACGUCUCAGUAAUUAUUAUAUUACAGAAUUUGCAUUCUGCGCUGUGUUUCUUCCUUGAACUUUUGCUGUAAAUACAACUUUUGUGGUUUAAGAAAGCAAAUUUGAUGACCGCUGAUUGAUCACUCAUCUUGACGCUGAGCACCAGACUGUUGAAAAAUAUCUCUGGUUGGACAAACGACUUCACAGGAGCGUGGCACUCUGGGAUCACCCAAUACAAUGUGAAUCAAUGGAUUCAUUUUAAUCUGUUUAUUAAUCUGUAUAAUUAAUACGUAUAAUUCAUCAAAAAAGUAUGAAAAAUGAAACGGUGUAUCAUGUCAUGUGUUUGUGACAAAAGAUUGACAUGGCUUAGUGUUUUGAAAAGGCACAAUUGUGUUGGUCUUCAACCCUCACUGCUUCAAUCUCAAUGAAAGUCAAACUGAGGAUAACAGAGUUUUCAGACUCGUGAAGAGCAAUGUAUUGUUCUUUAUUUCUAAAUGUUUUGUAUCACUGCCAUCCUGUUAAUAAAGUGUUUUAAAUCAA